AUGACCCAGGAGGAAGUUACCGGUAUUGAUGUGACUCCCGAGAAGAAUGGAGGUGUUAUGAAAGAGAUUCUUCGGGAAGGUUCUGGUGAUGAAUUCCCUCAAACAGGGGACAAGGUUUAUGUCCAUUAUGUCGGCACUCUGACGGACGGUUCAGUGUUCGAUUCCAGUCGGGAACGAGAUGAAAAGUUUAGCUUCAGUUUGGGGAAAGGGUCUGUGAUAAAAGCAUGGGAUUUAGGUGUGGCCACGAUGAAAAAGGGUGAACUUGCCCGUCUGACAUGCAAACCUGAAUAUGCAUAUGGCAAAAAUGGUUCCCCUCCCAAAAUUGGACCUGAUGCCACCUUGAUAUUUGAGGUUGAACUCUUUGAAUGGAAAAGAGAAGAUAUUUCACCCAAUAAAGAUGAAGGCAUUUUGAGGCGUAUUGUUAAAAGUGGUGAAGGUCGCAAAACUCCAAAUGAAGGUGCCACUGUAAAUGUUCAUUACAUUGGCUAUCAUGAAAACCAAAAAUUUGAAGAACGUGAUGUCACUUUUGUGGUCGGUGAAGUCCAUAUUUUGCUCUCCUUCAUAAGACUCGACCAACGCCAACGCUGUUGCCAAGUCCAUCUUCGUCUCUGUUCUUCUGCUUCCAAUUCUGCUACAUAUAUAGUUGGCAUCCGUUUUCUUUCUCAACCAAGCAGUGUCCUGUUCUUUGACACUCUCUACCUCCAAUACAACUCCCAUUGCUAUGCUACUUGCAUCACACCAAACUAUGCACCAUCAUCCACCUUUUGCUGUAUGCAACUCUCAACCAUCCAGCCACGGGGUAGUGACCCACCAGCUUGCAUGUCAAAAACAAUUCUUGUUUACUCAUUUUAUCCAUCACAGGUGGAAUCUCCUUACCCUUUCAGAACACCGAAUCUCCAGUUUCUUUAUCCUUCUGCAACUAGCCAGAGUGCUGCUCCCCCAUCAAGCCCUUGCAUGCAACCUCUCUCUCUCUCUCUCUCCCCCCCCCCAUUGGCUGCUUUUCUAAGUGUUCCUCCACUCAGACUUUUCACCAACCAAGGAGUCACCAGUCGUAGUGCAUCUAGCAUCCUCUGGUGCUCUUGCUUUCCUUCUCAUUACAAUUGUCGUACCACUGCAUCUCCUUGUCCAUCAAAGGGUCUGAUUGUCAUUGGCUACAUACAUUAUUUUUUUCUCUCUCUCUCUCUCUAUCUCUAUUUCUCUCUCUCUCUCUCUCUCUCUGAUGAAAUGCCAAAAUAUCUUGUGGUCUCAAUAUACAGAGGCGAUAAAGAAAAAUUUCUUUUUCUUUCUUUCCUCUUCCUUUUCUUUCCUACCCGUUCACUUGCCAGCAUCUGUUUGCAAAGAAAAAAAAAAAACUAA